CCAUCUAUUAUACAUCUAUUAUAUCUUUUAUAUAUUAUUUUUAUGUACUUCAAACCAAUAGCAACGGUGCGUGAUAAAGUGUUUGACAGAUAGUCAUUAUUCUCUGCUCAGUUAAUUUCAUUUAAGCUCAGUGUAAAUUAUGUGGAUCGUGCAUUUGAAGUUAAAUUCAACACUCUGUCCAUAGUCCAAAAUGCCUAGAGAACGACGUUCGAACAUCGGCCGCCGCACAAGACAUGCAAGCCAGCAACAAGUCUAUUCAAGGAACUUAAGAGAAGAAAGACAAAAUAUAAUAAGAGAAAAUGACCGAUUGAGACAUCGCGUGAGCACACGAAGAUCAUUGGCAUCAUACAAUCGCUUGGCAUUCCAAUAUGAUCCCACUGCGAACUACAGUGAUGAUGAAAAUUUUGAUGUUGGACGAAUGACGACUAUAUGCAGAUAUUGCAAUGCGUUAAAGUUCAAAAGAGAAACGGUUGGAUUGUGCUGCGCAAAUGGAAAAGUCAAACUGGAUCCUUUACUUACACCACCACAGCCACUGAAAACAUUGUUUGAUGGAAGUGAUCCCGAUUCAAGCCAUUUUCUUAAACACAUCCUUGAAUACAAUAACUGCUUUCGCAUGACUUCCUUUGGAGCUAAUAUCAUUCGAGAAGGCGGCUUCAUGCCGACUUGCAAGAUACAAGGUCAAAUAUAUCAUUUGCAUGGUUCAAUGGUGCCAACCACACCAGAUGAACCGCAUCAAUUUCUGCAAAUAUAUUUCAUUUCGUCGAUGGUGGAUCAGCUGAACGUGCGGUGCAAUAUACAGGGAGCACAACAGUUAAAGAGACGAAUUAUUGAACAGUUGCAAGCAUUUUUUCAGUAGCAAACAAGCUACUGAUUGAAGUAGGAAUGA